AGAGACAAGGAGCAGCUGGGGAGAGUCCAGCGGAUGCCCCAGCGAUGAUGAAGGGGCUGGAGCAUCUCUGUUCAUGAGGAGAGACUGCGGGAGCUGGGCCUGUUCGGUCUGAGGAGAUUGUGAGGGGAUCUCAUGAAUGCACAGAAAUGCCUCAAAGGCAGGUGCCAGGAGGAUGGUGCCAGGCACUUCUCCGUGGUGCUCAGUGACAGAACCAAGAGUAAUGGCCAUAAACUAAAACAUAAUCAGCUCCACCUCAGCUUGAGAAAGAACUUACAUUGAGGGUGGCAGAGCACUGGAACAGGCUGCCCAGGGAAGUCAUGGAGUCUCUCUCUCUGGAGACAUUCAAACCCCACCCGGACGUGUUCCUGUGUCACCGUGACCCUGCCGUGGCAGGGGUUGGACUCGGUGCUCUCCAGAGAUCCCUUCCAACCCUGACAAUUCCGCGACCCGCGGGCUCCUGGCCCUGGCCCAGGGGGCGAGGCAGGAACGCUUCUGCGCGGGCUCUUCUUUCCGGGGGAAGCGGCGGGGAGGACGCGGUGCCCGCGGCCAUGGAGCAGCGGCAGCAGCGGGAGCAGCGGGAGCAGCGGGCGGUGGCCCUGGAGCGGCUGGACGGGGUGACGCGGGAGAGCUUCCUGCGGGACAUCUACCCGCGGAGAAAGCCAGUAGUGCUUACAGGACUGGAACUGGGCCCUUGCACCACCAAAUGGACAAUAGAUUACUUGAGCCAAGCUGAAGGAUCUAAAGAAGUAAAGAUUCAUGUUUCUGCAGUGCCACAGAUGGAUUUCCUCAGUAAGAACUUUGUGUAUAGAACUCUGCCUUUUGAUGCAUUUGUACGAAGAGCAGCUGAAGUCAAGCACAAGGAGUACUUUCUUACUGAGGAUGAAAAGUACUAUUUGCGUUCAGUGGGAGAAGAUGUUAGGAAGGAUAUUGCAGAUAUCAGGAAGCAGUUUCCUAUUUUAGCAGAAGAUGUUCACAUUCCAGAGUAUUUUGAGAAGGAACAGUUUUUCUCUAGUGUCUUCCGCAUCAGCUCUGCUGGAUUACAGCUAUGGACACAUUAUGAUGUAAUGGACAACUUCUUAAUCCAAGUCACAGGGAGAAAAAGAGUUGUUUUGUACAGUCCUCGAGAUGCACCAUAUUUAUAUUUAUCAGGUACUAAAUCAGAAGUGCUGGAUGUGGAUAACCCAGACAUGGAGAAAUAUCCCCUUUUUGUGAAAGCCAAGCGCUAUCAAUGUGUUUUGGAAGCAGGAGAUGUGUUAUUUAUUCCAGCUUUGUGGUUCCAUAAUGUAAUUUCUGAGGAAUUUGGAGUGGCACUGAAUGUCUUUUGGAAGCACCUUCCUGCUGAGUCCUAUGAUAAGACUGACACUUAUGGAAAUAAAGAUCCCAUGGCAGCCUCUAGAGCCAUACAGAUCUUGGACAGAGCCUUGAAAACACUUGAAGAACUACCUGAGGAAUAUAGGGACUUUUAUGCCCGGAGAAUGGUGUUACGUAUCCAAGAAAAGGCCUACAGGAAUGAUUAUGGAUAAAGUAACACAUUGCAAUUCAGCAAGGUCCCUUGCAAGUAGAAAAUUGUAAGUUAGUAUGGAAACUGUCCAGCUGUACUUACAUACACUUUCUGUGAGACCAAUAAAAACUGUCAAUAAACAUUCAUCUCUAACAAAAUUCCACUUGUAGAUUUUCUUCCUAGUUUUUCAUGUGCAGUGAGGUCACAGACUGCUUGAUUUGGAGGUGGUCUCUUUUCUACAGUGAGACAAACAUUUGCAGUGCCUCUGCUUACAAGUGUAUUUUUUUGAAGUGUUUACUUAAAUUUUUCUGAACAAAAGUUUUGGUGUGUGGGCUGACAGCAUGUAUGCUUAGAAGUAACUGCACAUAUUUAUGAAUGCAGCCUCAUUAAAUUUUAGCAAAGCCAUAGUGGUUUCUGAGGAGGUCCAAGCAAGCCAUUGGUGGUAGCUGUAAUGGUCAUGGUUUCUUUUUAAGUGAUAACCUGGCAAUUAGUGUAGGGAGUUGCUUCUCCCCCUUGAGGUGAGACAGAGUGGGUAUGGAGAAAAAAAGCAAAAACUAACCAUGCCAGAUUACACUUAGAAUUGUGCAGCAGCUUGAGUGCAAUGUAAAUGAUUUACCUUUUUCCUAGCUCAGUGAUGUGUUACUGGGGGGAAUAUCCUCUUUGUCAGUGCCUCAGUGCAGUCAGACAGCAUUGCUGUUCCUGCUGCUGUCAAACACUUGGCACUAAUGUGCCCACAAAUCCAUUCAGAUACAGUCCUAGUAUCUGCAGUGGAGUUCAUAGUUGUGGAGUAGACACAAAACCUGUUGGGGCUGUUUUGUUAUCAUAUGAAAGGGGGUUUGCAUAGCACCUUUAUGAUGGAGCCUGUUGGUUAGGCAUUGUAGAAGGUUACUUUUUCAGCAGACUGUAGUGCUUACAAAAGCCCUGUGAAAUAAAGGUGGAGAUCUGACAAA